GCCCUCUCAACUGAAGGGAAAGUGGAGCCGUGAUUCGGUCUAAUGGUCAGUCGAAAACGGUACAUCCCUCGGAAUCGCAUCGUGUAGCCCUAUCCGGAAUCCUUGCAAGCUCUUAUUGAACACCUAUCCAUCCUAGAGCUUCUUUGUUCCGGUGUCCGGUCGGGAACCGGUUCCAACUCUUCCCUGGUUGCGCCCAGAAAGCACCGUUUCGCGGAAACCGAAGUGCAAUGGCAAAUGAUAACAACAACAUUAACACCGAUGAACUAACGGCCGGCAGUGGGUCAACAUCCGGGUCGACGGAUAAAAGUAGCUCUUGCACCACGGACGGUGCAGACGGUUCAUCGAGCGUUGAACAACCGGUUGCACAGCAACCUGCGAGCGCCACACCGGAAGUUCCACGGCGUGAGGAGAAUCCGUUUUCCUUCAAACACUUCCUCAAAUGGGACGGAGGGGCCGGAAGCCAUGCGACCACUCACACCGCUAACGGUGCUGGCAGUGGGAGUGCUGCCGUGGCCCAGACCAGCAUCAAUCACAGUCGCAGCACGUCCAACAUUAACGGCCAUGGGUGCGUUACCGGCGGCAGCAAUGGUGGCGAGUGCCGGACGAACGAUGAACUGCUUGCCACGGCGGGUACAUCGUGUGGAGCUUUGACCGUGAGCGGUACGGCGGGCCAGGGUACCGCAGGGACAGGGUCGCCGUCAAAAUCAGCCACCACCAGCUCGCUUAACGUGGUCAGCUCGACGACGACGGGCGCCCGUCCAAAGAUACCCCAGUUCCAGUCGGUCAACACGCUGAGCAGCGAGUCGAAGAUGAAACGCUCGCCCCGCUUCCCGUCCUUCGACUCGCAGUCUAGUUUAUCGGACUUUGCGGCGGAGGAAUUGCGGUUUCCGCGGCCGACCGGCAGCGGUGGAAUCUACCAGAGUCGCAGUAACAGUUCCUUCAGUGCGGACUACGCACCAAGCGGGGCGGCUGUUCCGAGUGGCGCGGGCCGAGCGCGGGACGAUGCGACUGGGAGGACAAGGGACGUGCAGCGCUCGUACUCGCACUAUGAUAUGGACGACAGUCCCGGAUCGGAUGCGGUGCUGGUCGAUGGUCCGGAGGAUGCCGGCCCGCCAAAUUCGGCUCGGCUGGUCGGGGCGGCCGAGUUUUCGGCCGCUCUGCCCGACUUUGUGCAAGAUCAUCUCGUGAUGGAGCAAUGGUACAACACGCUCCCGAAGGGUGGCUCCCGCGGUGGAGGUGGUGGUGGCUCUCGGUCCGGACCGGUGGGGAGCGGGUCUUCCGGUUCGCUCGAGUUUGACGAUAUGGUCGAGCUUGCCGGAACACUUGGCCGUCCGGAUGCCCCCGCCCUCCUGAACGAUAUGCCGUUCGAUUUGACCGGCAACAUCGUCGGCGGUACCGGUGGUGGCGGUCGAUCGCGUGGUCUUUCCGGAACAACGCCUCUCGAUCUGCCUACUGGAACACCCGCAGGAGCCGGUGGUCCAGAGCUAGCUUUCGAUCUGACCCAGCGGCGACGCAUCACACCGACUCCAUCGGCUGAUUUGCCUCCCGAUCUAACCGAGGGCGGCAACGCAGACCUAGGUGGUGGGUCCGUUUCUGGCAGCGUAGGAAAUGGGCAAUACUUUUACCCCGGCUCGUCACCACCGAUGGGAGUGCCGGGUACCGCCGACAGUAAGAUCCACCGGUUGCCGGAUUUCCUUUCCGAUGGCCCCAUCCACUCGUCCGGUCGGCUAGCGGACGUGACGCACGACACGCCGCACGGUGCCGACGAUCGAUCGGCUCGACACCGGCACCAGCAGCAACAGCAUCAACGGGAACUUCACUUUCAGAACCGGCUAGAGAUGGAACAGAUGGUGAACGAGCGGUUGCGCCGCGAGCUGGACAACAGUCGGCGGACAGUGGGCGACCAAGCGCGCCGUAUCCGCGAGCUGGAGCGCGAUCUCGAAACAAUGGUAACAAUGGCCGCACCGCAGCAUCAACAUCCGACGCUGGCCUCAACCGGCGGCAGCGGAUCAACCCAAUCGAACGCCAACAGUUUCAUGCUGGCCAAAUCGAGGGCCGCCGCAGCCGAGGCUGAGGUGGAACGGAUGAAGCAGAAACUCACCAACAUGAGCGCCGAACUGGAGGCACUGCGACGAGAGAACGAGCGGCUAAAGGACAGCGAGGGUGCCAUUGGGGGUGCUGGUGCGGGCGCCAGUGCUUUGCCGCGGGACGGCCUGGAUGCUGCUGCUAGCAACAUCCGUGGUCGACGUCAUCGUCGCCAAACGGUCGAAGCGCGGUCGGCGCGAUUUCUACGCGCCCAAACAUUGGCCCUGCGACAGGCGGCGGCGUCAGCAGAAAAUAAUCUCAGGCAACUGCUGAGUGGAGUUGAGAAUCUGCGAUCGAUGGCGAAUGAGAUCGAAAGCUUCAGCGGCUCGACGACGUUACAUGGUUCCGGCGGUGCCGAAGAAAUGGCACGCUCUUCGAUGGACGACAGCUACCGACGGGUGGUCAACACCGUGGAUAUCGAAGACGACGGUGUGGAGGCGACGGACGGCGACGAUGAUGAUGACGACGACAAUGACGAUGAACGCGAUGCGCUCGGUCCAGCACUGUAAAAAGCGGAACAUGAAAGAUGGUGGCCACAGGCAGUAGCAGCAGCAGCGUGACUUUGGGGAGUUGGAAAGUGAGCGAGCCAAGCAAACAAUUGUAAAAUGAAUCAAAACUGUAAAAUCACCAACAUGGCACGCACCGAGUGAAUGGUAGGCUCGUGGCAACGCGAGCAUCGACCGCGAUUGCGCGCGUGGCGCAAUGGAACAUUUGUGUGAAUUUUACACAUGCCACUAUCAACACACAGCUAGUUACAAAUAGCUUACAUAGUCCUCGUUACACAUGUCUCGCCUUUCUAUCUCUCUCUCUCUCUCUCUCUCU